AAUGAUGAAUUAAAAGCACAAGAAAAAUCAAUGAUAAAUCAUGAAAAAUAUAUUAAUCUAUUACAAGAUGCUUUUGAAAAUUCAAAAAGAAUUGUUAUAAAUUUAGAAUUUGAUGUUGUUGCAUUAUUUUUAUUUAUUGCUGGUAUAAUAACAAGAUUAUAUAGAUUAGAAGAACCAAAAAGUGUUGUAUUUGAUGAAUUACAUUAUGGUAAAUAUGUUGGUUUAUAUAUGAAAAAAACAUUUUUUUUUGAUACACAUCCACCACUUGGUAAACAGUUAAUAGCAGUAGUUGCUUAUUUAGCUGGUUUUGAUGGUAAUUUUAAAUUUGAAAGAAUUGGAACACCAUAUGAUAAUAGUGUACCAUUAUUUGCUCUACGUUUAGUACCAGCAAUAUUUGGUAGUUUAAUAUUACCAACAACAUAUCAUUUAUCACGUGAAUUAGGUUUAAAACCUUGGAGUGCAGCAAAUGCUGGUUUAAUGUUACUUUUUGAUAAUGCAUUUUUAACACAAUCACGUUUUAUACUUAUGGAAACUAUGUUAAUACAAUUUUCAUUAUUUGGUCUUUAUUGUUUAAUGAAAUUUCGUAAAAUAAUGGAUAAACCAAUAAAAUUAUCAUGGUGGUUUUGGUUAACAAUGUCAAUAACAAAUUUAACAUGUGGUUUAUGUGUUAAAUAUGUUGGUAUAUAUUCAUUAUAUCUUGGUAUAUAUUUAAUUGCUAAAGAUUAUUGGAAUUUAAUUGAACGUCGUGUAUUAUCAAAUAUAAUAUUAUGGUUUCAUUUAUUAGCAAGAAUAAUUGUUAUAAUAUUAAGUAUUAUAAUAAUAUAUUUUGGUGUAUUUUAUAUACAUUUAACUGUAUUAACAAAAGCUGGACCACAUGAUUCUGUUAUGACAAGUGCAUUUCAAGCAAGUUUAGAAGGUGGUCUUGCUAGUAUAACAAAAGGACAACCAAUUAAAGUAACACAUGGUUCACAAAUAACAUUAAGACAUUCAUUUGGACGUGCAUGUUGGUUACAUAGUCAUAUUGGUGUUUAUCCAAUUAAAUAUCCAGAUGGACGUGGUAGUUCACAUCAACAACAAGUAACAUGUUAUUCAUUUAAAGAUGUUAAUAAUUGGUGGUUUGUUAAACGUCCAGAUAUUAAUGAUUUAGUUGUUAAUAAUCCAAUAAUACCAUUAAAACAUGGUGAUAUAAUACAAUUAGUACAUGGUAUAUCAUCAAGAGCAUUAAAUUCACAUGAUGUUGCUGGACCAAUGUCACCAUCAUGUCAAGAAGUAUCAUGUUAUAUUGAUUAUAAUGUAUCAAUGCCAGCACAAAAUUUAUGGAAAAUUGAUAUUGUUAAUCGUGAACAAACUGGUGAUAAUUGGCAUGCUAUUGAAAGUCAAAUACGUCUUGUACAUGAAGUUACAAAAGCAGCAUUAAAAUUUAGUGGUAGACAAUUACCUGAUUGGGGUUUUAAUCAACAUGAAGUUGUUGCUGAUAAAAUAAUUGAACAAGAUGAUACUGUAUGGAAUGUUGAAGAACAUCGUUAUACUAAAAGUGAUGAUCAAAAACAACGUGAACAUGAUUUAUUAAAUGCUGAAAUGAUACCAUUAAAACCAACAGUAUUAACAUUUUGGCAAAAAUUAAUUGAAAUACAAAUUAAAAUGUUUUUUAGUGGUAAUGAUAAUCCAAUGAGUCAUAUGUAUUCAAGUAGUCCAAUUGAAUGGCCAUUUAUGAAUCGUGGUAUUGCAUAUUGGGUUGCAAAUGAUAGUAAUGCACAAAUACAUUUACUUGGUAAUAUUAUUGUAUGGUAUUCUGGUACAAUAUCAAUAUUUAUAUAUACAAUAUUAUUAGUAUUUUAUUUAAUAAGAAGAAGAAGAUGUUUUUAUGAUAUUAGUGAUUAUGAAUGGCAACGUUUUACAAAUAUUGGUGAAGUAUUAUUAAUUGGUUAUGCAAUUCAUUAUAUACCAUUUUUUUUUGUUGAAAGAACAUUAUUUUUACAUCAUUAUUUACCAGCAUUUGUAUUUAAAGUUAUAUUAACUGCAGCAACAAUUGAUCAUGUUUAUUAUUUAAUCAGCAAUAAUUGUAAACGAAAGUUAAUUGUUUCUAUUGUUAAAAUAACAAUAUUAGCAUGGAUUAUUAUUAUAAUUUACGUUUUUCGUAAAUUUUUAGUAUUAAGUUAUGGUAUGACACCAUUAAAAGUAACUGAUAUCAUGAAACUUCGAUGGAGUGAUACCUGGGAUUUUAUUGUUCAUAAACAAUAA